CACGCCUAAAUAAAUAGUAAAACUAAUAUAAUAUUAUCGUUUAUUUUAACCAAAACCUGAAUUUCUUUUGAAAAUAUCCUUAUUUAUCGGGCAUGGAAUUUUACUUUGCUAACUACAAAAUAGAAUCUACUUAACUAAUGCUCCAUCGCUAUAAAUAAUAAGUAGAAAAGAUAUGUGAAGUUUUAAAGUGAUAUAAUAUUGAUGCCUUCAGGGGAUGGAACCAUGGUUUUCGCGGAUGAAAAUUACAAGAAAUUAGAUAAUAUACUAACCCCCGAUGAUUCCAUAGUUGUCGCAAUGAGUGAUUUAGCUAAGCAAGAGGAAUGCUUAAAGGAAAGGUACUGGUGGAGUUUUUUAUUAUCUAGCAUUCUAACCUUUCUCGGUUGCGUUAUUUUGGUGUUAACCUAUAGAGGUAUCUGCUGGGCUUGGGAAAAAUGGUGGAUUCUGCCGCAAAAAACAAAAAAUAAAAAUUCGUUUACUAACUUCUACCGGAAUAGGGUAAAAAAAGUGAUCGAUAAAAGCAUUGCCAAUCCUAAAUUAUUGAACAAGAAUAGUGGGAAAGACAAUGAUACGACUGCAAGAACCUUUUUCGUUGGCAAAACUAAUUUGCUAUUACCAUUUUCGUACAUUUUAUCACCGAUUAAAACCUUGAAAAAUAAAUUAAAAGGAAGUAACCAUGCGUUAUAUAAUCCAAAAUCAACAUUUUCGUCCAUCACUAAUUUAACUCAACAACAGGGUAUUAAAUUUUCAUCGAUCGUCACAGGACCAAGCACUUCAGUUCACAAAACUAAUUAUAAAUAUCAGCCUUUAGAUUCUAAUGUAUCCUCAUACGAUGAUUCUGCUUUCUUGAUGCAAAAUAGAGAAUUUCCACUAACUGAACCAAUAAAAUCGAAUGUAAUCUCAGAUAGAUCACCUCAAUUACCUCUGGCAUCUUCUUCAACUCUAGGUCCUAUGACCUCCAUUCAUCUAAGGCGAAAAGAUGGCCCUAAGUCGAAGUCCAAAAUUACAAAAAGUGUGAGCACCAAUCAAAUAGCAUCUGGGGGCAUAUCAAAAUCUAAAAUAUUUGGCGGAAUUAAGGAAUCCGGAAUUUCAGGCAUUCCCUCAAAUCUAUCAACGGAUACUCAUUCUAUAAAGAAUUAUAUACAGCCUUCAUCCUUUACAUGGAUAGCGGAAUCUAAAGAUUGGGCCGGAGAACUUAUAUCUGGUCAAACUAUAACAGGAAGAAUUUUGGUAUUCCUGGUCUUCUUGCUAAGCAUAGCAUCGCUGAUUAUAUAUUUUAUCGAUGCUUCAAGAGAACAUGUCGAAUCUUGUAAAGAUUGGUCUUCAAGUACAACUCAACAAGUGGAUCUAGCUUGCAAUAUUUUCUUUAUGGUUUACUUUUUGAUACGAUUUAUAGCGGCCAACGAUAAAUUAUGGUUCUUGUUUGAAUUAUAUUCACUCGUCGAUUACUUUACCAUUCCACCAUCCUUUAUGGCCAUUUAUCUUAACCGGAAUUGGAUAGGAUUACGUUUUUUAAGAGCUGUAAGAUUGAUGUCCGUACCUGAUAUAUUGCAAUAUUUAAAUAUUUUAAAAACCAGUUUAUCGAUACGCUUAACUCAACUUGUGUUUUUCUUCAUAAGCGUUUGGCUAACAGCUGCGGGAAUAAUUCACUUGUUAGAAAACUCUGGUGAUCCUUUUUACAAUUUUGAAAACGUUCACGCCAUUACAUAUUGGGAAGCAACAUAUUUUGUUCUAGUCACCAUGUCCACCGUCGGUUACGGUGAUAUUCAUUGUCAAACUGUAUUGGGAAGAUUUUUUAUCGUUUUCUUCAUCAUGUUCGGCCUGGCAAUGUUUGCGAGUUAUAUCCCUGAAAUUUUUCAAUUAAUUGGUACUCGGCAAAAAUAUGGGGGCGAAUAUGCGCGUGAAAGAUGUAAAAGACAUGUCGUAGUUUGCGGUCACAUAACUUAUUCAUCCGUCUCGACAUUUUUAAAAGAUUUUUUACACGAAGAUAGGGAAGACACGGAUGUACAAAUCGUUUUUAUACACAGGCAUUUACCCGAUUUGGACACUCUAGCUUUAUUUAAACGUAAUUUUACUACAGUCGAGUUUUUGCAAGGAAAAGUAACUGAUCCUAACGACCUUAAAAGGGUCAAAAUUCAAGAAGCCGAUGCCUGCUUAGUGUUAGCAAAUAAAUAUGCCGAAGAUCCAGACGCGGAAGAUGCUGCAAACAUAAUGAGAGUGAUAUCCAUAAAAAACUUUUGUGCCGAUAUAAGAGUGUUGAUUCAACUAUUACAAUAUCAGAAUAAGGCUUAUCUUUUAAACAUACCAAGUUGGAAUUGGAAAUUAGGGGAUGAUGUUAUUUGUAUAUCUGAAUUAAAGUUAGGCUUUAUUGCUCAAAGUUGUUUAGCAAUGGGAUUUUCUACAAUGGUUGCGAAUCUUUUUGCUAUGCGAUCAUAUAAAACGCUUCCCAAUAUGCAAAAAUGGCAAAAUGAUUAUUUACGAGGUGCUGGUAUGGAAAUUUAUACUGAAGCCCUAUCAAACUCAUUUUACGGAAUGACUUUUCCAGAAGCUACCGAGUUGUGCUUUACCAAAUUAAAACUCCUCUUGUUAGCUAUCGAAAUAAGAUUUGAAAACGAGAAAGAUGGAGUAGGAAUGAUUUUAAUCAAUCCCGGCCCUACCAUCAAAAUUAAAAUGGGCACGCCAGGUUUUUUUAUUGCUCAAUCAGCCGAUGAAGUCAAAAGAGCUUCCAAUUAUUGUAAAAUAUGCCACCUUGAUAUUACGGACGUUUCUAUGAUCAAAAAAUGCAAAUGCAAAAAUAUUGCUAAACUGAAGCAAGGAAUAAAGAGCGUUCAAGCCUUUAGUGCAAAAGUAAAUAAACUUAAAACUACUACACCUCAAGGAAAAGAUACAAAAAUAAUGAUAAGUGAUAUUGUAAACAGUGUAACAGCUUCAUCAAAAAUUAAGAAAUUUCAAAUGGAUAAAUCAUCAAGCUUAUCUCCUUCUUCGUCUCAAAAAUCUAUUAAUGGUGAGGGAACUAACUUGUUAAAUAAACUUUACAUUGUACCUAUUAAUUCGGAUGAACAAAACUCACUGCAAAUUAAAAAUCAAAGCGUAAUAUACGAACGUAGGUUUGAUAUAACUGGAAUGUUCCAUUGGUGUCCUGAGCGUAAAAUUGAAGAUUGUUUAAUCGACCCUCUUCAAGCUACUAUGAUAAUUUGGAGUGGGCAUGUUGUGGUAUGUAUAUUCGCACAAAAAGAUUCUCCCUUAAUAGGCCUAAGGAAUUUAGUUAUGCCCCUCAGAGCUAGUUGUUAUCAUUAUCACGAGCUUAAACACGUUAUCUUGCUGGGUAACGUGGAAUAUAUUAAACGUGAAUGGAAAACUAUUCAUAAUCUACCUAAAAUAUCUAUUUACGAUGGUUCACCUCUGAUAAGAUCUGAUCUAAGAGCGGUCAGCGUGAAUCUCUGUGAUAUGUGCGUUAUACUAUCCGCCAAAGUUACCCAAAUUGACGACACCGCUUUAGGAGACAAAGAAGCUAUUUUAGCUACUUUAAAUAUAAAGGCAAUGAAUUUCGAAGAGGGAAUACCGAAUUCUAAUGCUCUCGAAAUCUCAACCGCACCUCGAAAUUCGUUACUACCAUUGCAAAGGCGUGGUUUUAAAAAAGGAACGUCCAUUCCAAUGAUAACAGAAUUAAUGAACGAUUCAAAUGUUCAAUUUUUGGACCAAGAUGACGACGAUGACCCCGAUACAGAGUUAUAUUUGACUCAGCCAUUUGCUUGUGGCACUGCCUUUGCUGUUAGUGUAUUAGAUUCCAUCAUGAGCACAACUUAUUUCAACGCCAACGCUUUGACAUUAAUUCGUACAUUGAUCACAGGCGGUGCUACGCCCGAACUCGAAUUAACGUUAGCUGAAGGUGCUGGAUUAAGAGGAGGAUACAGUACAUCUAAGAUUCUUAAAAACAGGGAUCGCUGUCGAAUUGCCCAAUUACCCUUAUGGGAAGGUCCUUUAUCCACAUUUGGCGAUGGGACAUUAUAUAACAAUUUGUUUUGCGCUGCAAUGCGAAAAUAUUCCAUGCUCUGUUUGGGAAUAUACAGAAUCAAGGAUCUGAAUUCUGCUAAAAGUUUGACCUCUGCAAAACGCUAUGUAAUAACCAAUCCUGAAGAUGAUUUUAUCCUCUUACAGACGGAUUUGAUAUUCGUAUUACAACAAUAUGAUCCAGAUAUGCAUGAUAGAAUUAGACCACAAUAAUGGUAGAUAAAACUCCUAUUUCUAUAAAGAGCAUUAUAAUGUAAUAUUUGAUCUCCUAUAAUGGACAUACCGGU